CACUUUGGUGGGAGUUACAAGACCAUAGCUAAAAAGGCCAAACACAAAAGUAAUUAAUCCACAGUAGCAUCUUAGUUUUAUAUGUUCAUUCUUUCAUUUGAUAUAUAUUGAGUGCCUGUCCUUGGCCUGGCGCUAGGCUGAGUGCCAUGGGGAUACCAAGAGAUACCUUAAAGAAGCCAAUGUCUCAGAUUUCUUGAGACCAACUCUUCAUUAUUCUUGACUAAUUACGCUUCACUAUCCCCUGUAAUAAGGAGUGCUGGUGGCACAGUGGUUAAAUGCUCGGCUGUUAACGGAAAGGUCAGUGGUUUGAACCUACCAGCUGCUCCAUGGGAGAAAGAUGUGGCAGUCUGCUACCGUAAAGGUUACAGCCUUGGAAACUCUAUGAGGCAGUUCUGCUCUGUCCUAUAAGGGUCACUAUCAGUUGGAAUCAACUUGGCGGCAAUGGGUAUGCCCUGUGAUGAGUCCCUGGGUGGCCCAAACGGCAAAGUCCUUGACUACUAGCUGAAAGGUUGGUGGUUCAAACUCACCCAGAGGCACCUCAGAAGACAGGCCUGGCAACCUGCCUGUUGCAAAGGUCACAGCCUUGAAAACUGUAUGGAGCAUUCUACUGUGCAUACUUGGGUCACCAUCAAUCAGAAUCUACUUGACAGCAACUAAUACCAACAGGAUGCUCUGUAAUGGGAGAUGUGGGUGAGAGGGAGCUGUGGGCAAGAUAGGACAUUCUGAAGGAGCUAGGCCUGGAAACUUGCUUCUGGGGAGACACAUGACCUGACCCAGACCUUCAGGAUAAAGCCCUUCUGGCCAGUCUCCCCCAUUUUGCUCCUGACUCUCCCAGCUGAAUGCAGAGCUUUUUCUGCAGUGUGUAUGUGGAGGCUCCUUUUGGCCAUGUUUUGAGGCUGGCAGGGCUUUAUCUAAUGGGAUGAACCUGGCUAAGGAGAUUAGCAAGAUGUCUUAUGGAUCCCACUUUUAAUCUGCAAUGUUCAGCUUGUUGGCUGGGAAAGGAGCUGCAGAAACGACGCCAAGCACUAGCCCCUGCGUGAACUGUGACUCUGCCUCCACGCCUGGGUUAGUGGGGGUCUCAGGCUAGGGGGAGCUCAACAUGGGCAGCCCCUGGAGCUGCUGCCUUCAGCCGCCUGCACCCUUCCCAAGGCCCUGAAUCAUCAGCCUCUGAGCUCAUUAAAGUCAGGAGUGCAAGGUUGGUUGUGGGAGGCUACCGGGACUGCACCCUGCAAGCAUGGCGCUCCUGAAAGUCAAAUUUGACCAGAAGAAGCGGGUCAAGUUGGCCCAAGGGCUUUGGCUCAUGAACUGGCUGUCUGUGUUGGCUGGUAUCAUCAUCUUCAGCCUUGGGCUGUUCCUGAAGAUUGAACUCCGGAAGAGGAGCGAUGUGAUGAAUAAUUCAGAGAGCCAUUUUGUGCCCAACUCCUUGAUAGGAGUGGGGGUGCUGUCCUGUGUCUUCAACUCUCUGGCUGGCAAGAUCUGCUAUGAUGCCCUGGACCCUGCCAAGUACGCCAAGUGGAAGCCCUUGCUGAAGCCAUACCUGGCCAUCUGUGUCCUCUUCAACAUUGCCCUCUUCCUUGUGGCCCUUUGCUGCUUUCUGAUGCGAGGCUCGCUGGAGAGCACCCUGGCUCAUGGGCUCAAGAACGGCAUGAAGUAUUACCGGGACACCGAUACCCCCGGCAGGUGCUUCAUGAAGAAGACCAUCGACAUGCUGCAGAUUGAGUUCAAAUGCUGUGGCAACAAUGGCUUUAGGGACUGGUUUGAGAUUCAGUGGAUCAGCAACCGCUACCUGGACUUUUCCUCCAAAGAAGUCAAAGAUCGCGUCAAGAGCAACGUGGAUGGGCGGUACCUAGUGGAUGGUGUUCCCUUCAGCUGCUGCAACCCCAGCUCGCCACGGCCCUGCAUCCAGUACCAGUUGACCAACAACUCGGCGCACUACAGCUACGACCACCAGACUGAGGAGCUCAACCUGUGGGUGCGUGGCUGCAGGGACGCCCUACUGAGCUACUACAGCAGCCUCAUGAACUCCAUGGGUGCUGCUGUGCUCCUCGUCUGGCUCUUCGAGGUGACCAUAACGAUCGGGCUGCGUUACCUGCACACAGCGCUGGAAAGCGUGUCGAACCCCGAGGACCCAGAGUGCGAGAGUGAGGGCUGGCUGCUGGAGAAGAGUGUGCAGGAGACGUGGAAGGCCUUCCUUGAGAGCUUGAAGAAGCUGGGCAAGAGCAACCAGGUGGAUGCCCAGGGCGAGGAUGCGGGCCAGGCCCCAGAGGCUGGCUGAAGGUCCAGAGUCCCCACCCCUCCUGAACACUGAGAAGUAGUGGACUUCAAGAAACGUGAUCCCCCCUCGCCCAACUCUGAAAGUCUGAAUCUCCCGAGGAGGGCACCAUCUUCCAGAGACUCUUCUUGAUGGUGGGAUUUAAAGUUUAGGGUCUCUGGAAACAUUUGGUGAACAUCUGUUGAAUGAUUGAC